CUCUGUUAAGAAGAAUAAAAGUUUUUUGUUUCGUUUCCUGGAACGAGAAUCUGCCAUUUUCUCUAACUUUCUCUCCCUUUCUCUCCAUUUUGUAAUAACCUUCUUCUUCUCUGCUCUCCGCAGUAAGCUUAAUCUCUCUUUUGGUUCCUACCCAUCUCGCUCCAAUUUCGCAGAUAGAGGCAAUAGGGUGAUGAGUCAGCUUCUGAAUCUAGUCCAAGCAACUUUCUUCUUAAAUAAACUUCGUUUCUACGAUGGACCCAAGUUUCUUCAGCAAAAGUCCUGUUUAUACUUGGGAAAGUAUGCUCAACUUCAGAAAUAUCAGGAUCUUCAGUUGUCUUUGCAAGGGGAGGUAGUUGUUCAUGUUGAGUGCUUAUUCAAAUGUAAGGCCUAUCUUUGCAGUGGAGGAGAAUUGGAUGCCUUCCCACACAUACAAACUCUAAGAAAAUUUCCCAAGGAGGAGCUUGAUGCAAAAGCUGUCUUGGUCCGAUUUGAUUCUGCCAUAUUGCUCAGGGAGGAACAGGAACAGCAGAGUCAAUUAGUCUCCAAUGCGCUUUUCACCAUUAAGUAUUUAUAUGAAUCUGGGGCCAAAGUAGUUCUAGCGAGUGACUGGUGUACAAAAAUCAACCCAAAACUUAUUCAUGCAGAGUCUGUUGCAGAUUUCUUGUCAUCAAUCCUUAAAUGCAGAGUUGUUCCAGUGUGCUCCAUUUCUUGUCGCACUCCAUCAAAGAGGGAAGGCCUUGAGAAAGCAGAUAUCCUUCUUCUUGAGAAUCUUUCUGAGUUUAAAGAGGAAGUUGCCAAUUGUUCAAAGUUUGCUCAAUUGUUAUCAUGGGGAAUUGAUAUUUUUGUUAAUGACUCAUUUUCCCUGUCACAUAAAAUCCUUGCAUCAACUGUUGGUGUUGCUCGCUUCUGUCAUUCCUGUGUAGCUGGUUUUCACUUUGAGGAGAGCCUUUGUCAACUGAAGAAGGUUGCCGAAACCAGCGGAAAUCCUUAUGUUGCAGUUAUUGGAGGUGGUAAUCUCUAUCAAAAAGCUGCUGCCUUGCAUUUCUUGGCUUCUAGAUGUGAUGGUUUGGUCUUUAUUGGAAAGAUGUCAUUUCAAAUAAUGCAUGCACUGGGUCUAUCUGUACCCUUGGAUUUUGUGGAAUAUGGGGCACUAAAUGAAGUUUUAGAUAUAGCCCAGAUAGCAUACAAUAGAAAUACACAAAUUCUCUAUCCAAAAGACUUUUGGUGCAAGAAUGAUUGUUUUCCUGGGAAAUUGGAGUUAUUUCCUUCUGAUGGAAUUUUGGAUGGUUGGGUACCUGUUGAUCUUGGGCCAGUGUCAUUGGAUGAAAUAAACUCCUUGCUUACAAAAUGCAAGAAAGUUCUAUGGAUUGGUCCCUUGAAAUUCAGUGACUCAAAUCAACACACAAAUGGGUCAUCUCCAUUGACUCAAAUGCUUGAUAUUCUAUGUCGAAGAAAAUGUGAUUUAACUGUUGUGGGGAGCAUGGCUGAGAUGAAGAAAUCCUCUUCUGACUCAGAUUUUAAUAUGCUUGUGAAUGCUUCGGUUGUAUGGGAGUUUCUCAAAGGAAGAAAGCUUCCAGGGGUUAUGGCCUUAGAUAGAGCAUACCCAUUUGAGAUCAAUUGGAAUGCUACUUACUGUGAUCCAACACAACCUUUGGUAGUAGAUAUUGGAAGCGGUAAUGGACUUUUUAUUAUGGGGAUGGCUAGAAAGAGGACAGAUUUGAAUUUUCUUGGUUUAGAGAUUAAUGAAAAGCUCACAAGGCGUUGUGUAGCUUCUGUUCAACGCUCUGGAAUAAAGAAUGGGUACUUCAUUGCAACAAAUGCAACGUCAACAUUUCGUUCCAUAGUUUCUAGUUACCCUGGAGACUUGGUUCUUGUUUCAAUACAGUGUCCAAACCCUGAUUUUAAUAAACCAGAGCAUAGAUGGCGAAUGCUGCAGAGGACAUUAGUCGAAGCAGUAGUAGAUCUUCUUACAUCUGAUGGAAAGGUUUUUCUUCAAUCUGACAUAGAAGCAGUUGCUGUCCGAAUGAGAGAACAAUUUCUGAAAUAUGGCAAGGGUAAACUUUCUGUUAUGCAUGACGAAGGAGACACCAAAUCUAGAGAAGGGUGGCUUGAGGAGAACCCAUUUGGAGUUAGGUCAGAUUGGGAACAACAUGUUAUAUAUCGUGGGGCCCCAAUGUAUAGGUUGAUGCUUUCCAAAUCAACCAAUAUUGAAUGAAGUUGCUGGAGUGUUGAUUUGUGAAAGCUGGCUAUUGUUUAGCAUUAAGCUAACUGGGACGCCCCUACCUCUAAAAAAGUACACAAAAGUGAGCAAAAGUCUGUGCAGCAAGGCUCUACUGUUUCUAACAAUUGUUUCUCCAAGCGACAUCAUCUUGAAAUAGUAGUAUACAAGUAAGAUGCUGCAUCAUAUUAAUUUUUUUUUUUUUUCAAUUCAGAUACUGAUAGCAUGCAGGAAACUGAUGGUGAGAAAUGGUGUGUUUGCUUUAUCACCACUCUUAAAAUAUCCCUUUUCAU